UUUACAUUAAACGCGAAGAAUUUCUGACCGUAAAAUUUUGGAUUUUGCCGUCAUUUUCAAAAUGUCUAAACGGCAUAACACAUCAUCAGUAGACAAUCGGGCCAAGCGGCAACAGAUUGGUGAUUUCAGAAAUGAUUCAGAAUUCGUUAGCAGCGUCGAGACAACAAACCAGGCGCUAGCCUUACUUGCAGAGCAGGCAGAUGAGCUAGUUGACUGUCUUCAGUCCUUGAAGCGACAGUUUUUGCAGAGUAAAAACCCUGCAGAAUUCCAAAUUGGAAGUAUAAACUCGAAUCUGCCACGAUUAACCAAGCAGCUACUUCCCUCUUUUCAGAUCAUUGGGUCUAUUGAUGAGCCUGUCGCCGAGACGGCUACGCCCAUAGCUAAGAACACAUCAACGGAUACCCUCUCAAGAGCUGCCCAAGACUCAUCAGGCAUACCGAUACUCUCUCCAAUUAGUGUGACACCAUGGAUCUCGUCAGAUAUCUUGCAAGAAUGGCCUCCUUUACCCCCAAUUCUUGACUCCAAGCUUGCUGAAGAAGCAUUCACCCACCCAGGUCUAGGCAUGAAUUUCAGCUAUGAACGCCUAGAAUGGCUUGGAGAUGCAUACCUUGAGUUGAUUUCCAGUUCUCUCAUCCAUCAAACAUUCCCACAGCUGCGGUCAGGACCUUGCUCUCAACUCCGCGAGAGACUAAUCCGAAAUAUCACUCUUGCGGAAUACUUUCGGUAUUAUGGCAUGGAGAAGCGGGCCAAGCUUCCAGAUCAUUUUGAUGGAAGCAGGGGGCUCGGAAGAGGUAGAUCAAAAGACAAGGAUAUACUAAAGACGCAAGCCGACAUGUUUGAAGCCUACGUCGCGGCUGUUAUUCUAUCGGAUCCUCAAGAAGGGCUUUUCAAAGUGGUGAAGUGGCUGAAAGCCCUCUGGGGUAGAACGAUCAAAGAGGACAUCGAAAAGGCAGAAGCUGCAAAAAAGCGCCUGGAAACUCAACCAACAGGGGUGGAGGCAACAGAAAAAAAUUCUAAACAGCGGCUGAGUGUCAAAAUUGUGACCAAAGGUGUCAGCAUUGACUACAAAGAUCUGCCUGGCGAGAAAAGGGACAAGAAUUUGAAACUACCUCUUUAUACCGUCGGAGCCUAUCUAACCGGCUACGGCGAGGUAGGAAGACUACUAGCAGUCGGCACAGCCCUGAGCAAGAAAGAGGCUGGUCAGAAAGCUGCUGAAGCGGCAUUACAGAACAAGCGACUGAUACAGGCAUAUGAGGAAAAAAAGAGGCAAUACAUGCAGGCUAAAGACGACAGUGCACUCGUGGACAGACUUCUGGGGUAGCGAUCUACGGCUGCGGCUUUUGGACAUAGAUGAUAUUUGAGUGCUUCCAUAUGAUGAUAACGACUGGAAUUAGGAUCACUGUCUAGAGAAUUGACCAUUGCUUAAUCGUAGAGGAUAGGAACUUUACCUAAUAAAUGAGCAGGGUUUAGUUAACGCAUUUAUACUGGUAUAGUUAUAAAGAGCCGAG